AUGGAAAACUCUUUAAAAACUUCAAUUGACUUCGAAAAUAAUUUUAUAGAUAAAGCUUCGAUUGAUCUUGAAGAAGAAAUUUUAGCAGAAUCUAGCAAUACAACCAAGGAAGUAGUUAGUGAAUCUGUACAAAUAGAGCAAACUGACAAUAUGGAAGUCGAAGGGACAAAUAACAAUGCACUAUCAUCAGAAACCACAAUUCAAGCACCAUGCUUAAGAACAUGUUUAACUCACAAGCCCUCAGCCAAUGAAGAAAAAAUUCUAAAACAACUUGAAAAAUAUAAAGAUUCUACUGUGCUACUUGUGAAUGUUCUUAAUGAUCUGGUUGAAAGUUUGUCAAACUACACUGAAUAUUGGACUUGGAAAUGA